AUGUCUGGACAGCUGCGCCACCAAACUCAUCCGCGCCAACCACCGUCUAAUGGCGGCGUAUGUGGGACUGAUGCCAUCUGUUAUGCAGCGCAGGAUGGCAGACAUCGAGAAGCAAAACCAGGAAAUGGAGGCAAUUGCUGA